GGUCAGUCCGGUCUUGCUCGUGGAGAAGCCGCGUCGUGUCUUCGCUGCGGCGGAGGAAUAAAAUGCGGAGCAGCAGCGCAGCCGGAGCCCGUGACCCGGAUCAGCCCAGAACCAGACCCGGAACCGGAGCCAGGAUAGCCGAACCUUCCCCCGGCCCGGCGCGGCGCGGCCAUCAGACGGUAUGACGGCAGAUGCGGCGGCGGCGGAGCAGCGAGGGAAAGACAAGAGCUGCAGCCGCUGAGAGACGCUGCUAGCCGGGCAGCUAACGGCGCGAUGACCGCGGAGGGAAGCGGAACGAUCCGGAGCCGCAUCAAGAACCUGCUGCGCUCCCCGUCCAUCAAACUGAAGCGGCGGAGCGGCACUGCCGCGCGGCACAAAGAGGCGCUGAGCGACAAGGUGACCUUGGAGAAGGUUCUGGGCAUCACGGCUCCGGGGAACCGAGCGCUGGCCUGCGACCCCCGAACAGGACUACUGGCUUACCCUGCAGGGUGUGUGAUCGUCCUGUUGAAUCCUCGGAAGAACAAGCAGCAUCACAUCUUCAACAGCUCCAGGAAGGCCAUCACCACGCUGGCGUUCUCUCCAGACGGGAAAUAUGUCGUCACAGGAGAGAGUGGCCACAUGCCGGCGGUUCGAGUCUGGGAUGCGUCAGAGCGUCUGCAGGUUGCCGAGCUGCAGGAACAUAAAUACGGCGUGGCCUGCGUGGCGUUUUCACCUAACGGGAAAUACAUCGUCAGCGUGGGCUACCAGCACGACAUGAUGGUCAACGUCUGGAACUGGAAGAAAAAUGUGGUGGUUGCAGCCAAUAAGGUGUCCAGCAAAGUGACCGCUGUGUCCUUCUCAGACGACAGCUCCUACUUUGUGACUGCUGGAAACCGCCAUGUCAAGUUCUGGUACCUGGACCACGCCAAGACCUCCAAGGUGAACGCUACUGUCCCUCUGCUGGGGCGUUCGGGGCUGCUGGGAGAGCUCAGGAACAAUUUCUUCAGUGAUGUGGCUUGUGGACGGGGCCGCCAGGCCGCCUCCACCUUCUGCAUCACGUCCUCCGGUCUGCUGUGCGAGUUCAACGACCGCCGGCUCCUCGACAAGUGGGUGGAGCUACGGAGAGUCGACUCUGCGUCUGCAUCUCAGGCCACCUGCCUGUCCGUCACAGACGAGUUGAUCUUCUGUGGUUGUUCUGAUGGGACGGUUCGAGCCUUCAGCCCCGUCAACCUGCACUUCCUGUGCACUCUACCUCGCCCACAUUGCCUGGGGGCUGACAUCGCCAGCAUGGUGGACGCCAGUCAGCUGUUCUCCGGCCGGCCCAAGGCUCGAUACCCGGACACGGUGGCGGUGACCUACGACCCCGCCAGCCGCUGGCUGUCCUGCGUCUACAACGACCACAGCGUUUACGUUUGGGACGUCCGGGACCUGCGAGACCCCCGCAGGGCUGGGAAGCUGUACUCCGCCCUCUACCACUCGGCCUGCGUCUGGAGCCUGGAGGUGUACCCAGAGGGAGGAGGAGGAGAAGGAGGAGGAGGAGAGGUGCAUCUCCCCCCCGGCUCCUUCCUGUCCUGCUCCUCAGAUAACACCAUCCGACUGUGGAACACCGACGCCCACAAACUGCUCAGCAGGAACAUCCUGAGUCACGACCUGCAGAAGGUGAUUUACAUGGACGACAGCGUGUGUGGCCUCCUGGACCCGGAGAGCGCCACCGUCACCAGCGGAAACGGGGAGAAGGCGGGGCCAGAGGGGCCGCAGACUGACCAGAGCAGGGUGGGCAUUAGGACCCUGAGGGUCAGUCCUGAUGGGCAGCACCUGGCCUCUGGAGACCGCAUGGGAGUCCUCAGGAUCCAUGACCUGGACAGCAUGGAGGAGAUCAUGAAUGUUCAGGCUCACGACUCAGAGAUUCUGUGCCUCGAGUUCUCCAAACCAGAUACAGGUCUCCAGUUAUUAGCCACAGCCAGCAGGGACCGUCUGAUCCACAUCCUGGAUGCGGGCAGAGACUACAGUCUGGUUCAGACUCUGGACGAACACUCGUCCUCCAUCACCGCCGUCCGAUUCGCGGCCAAUGAGGGUAAAGUGAGGAUGAUCAGCUGUGGAGCCGACAAGAGUGUUUACUUCCGCACCGCCCAGCAGGUGGAGGAGGUGCUGUCAUUCUCACGGACUCACCAUGUUGUGAGGAAGACAACUCUCUAUGAUAUGGACGUGGAGCCGACAAGGAAGUACGCAGCGGUUGGCUGUCAGGACCGCAGCAUUAGGAUCUUUAACAUCAGUAAUGGUAAACAGAAGAAGAUGUAUAAAGGCUCUCAGGGUGAAGACGGGACGCUCAUCAAGGUGCAGAUCGACCCUUCGGGUCUCUACAUCGCCACCUCCUGUUCAGAUAAGAACAUCAGUAUCUUUGACUUCUACUCUGGAGAGUGUGUGGCCACGAUGUUUGGACACUCCGAGAUAGUAACAGGUUUGAAGUUCAGCAGUGACUGCAGACACCUGAUCACAGUGUCUGGAGACAGCUGCAUCUUUGUGUGGCGGCUCAGUCCAGAGUUGACCAUCAGGAUGCGACAGCGACUCGCUGACCUUCAACCUCCCAGCAGCACUCAGACCUCCCAGAAUGCACCUCAGCAGAAAGUGGUGAAGCUCAGCAGGGAGGCUCCGUCUCCUCGUGUUGUCACAAUGUCAUCUGACAGUGAUAAGGAGGAGGAGGAGGAGGAGGAGGAGGAGGAGCGUGGCGGUCUGUAUGAUGUCACAGCUGGAUGCUUGGAGGAGGAGACAGACGUGUGUGAUGAGCAGUUUGACUCUGAGCACUACAGAGAUGCCACGGAGGCGUUGGGGGGUCGACUCCCUCGCCGGCGUUGGUCCAGGAGGACAGGCAGCGAUGGUGUCCUGAUGGUGAAGUCCAUGUUGGACCUGAGGCUGCUGGACUCGUACCGGCCUGACGGACAGGUGGAGCAGGAGGUGAAGACAUGCCCCCCAGAUGUAAAUGCCUCUCCCUGCAGCCUGAGGGGGAGGGGCCCAGCAGUUGAGGCGGAGCUUCACAGGACCAAUCAGGAGCUGGGGAGCUCCAUCAGUCUGCAGGUCACCGCUGCAUGGAUGGAAGACACUGAUGCGAGGACCAAUCAGAGGCCUGACUUCAUCCAGCUGUCCAAUCAGAGCCCAGACAGGGAGGAUCCUGUGCUGUUUCCCGACCAAUGGGAGGACAGAGUUAGCCUGGCGGGAAGUGAGUUCCAGGUGAAGGAGGCAUGUCCUGCUGCAGGUGGACGUCAGGACAAACCCAGUCCAGACAGCGGCUGCUCUCUGGGGUUCAACUCCAGACUGUCCAGUCCAGGAAGACCUGCAGGUGACGACACAGAGCCUUUCAGUUUGGAUGGAAACCUGUCUGAGCUGGAGAUGGAGGAGGAUGAAGAGGAGAGGGCAGGAGGGGGAGAAGGGGGACAGGUCCGGGCCUCUCAGUUCGUCCCUCAGACUCCAGACCAGGAAGCGUUCCUGAAGGAGCACUUUGUCACGUUGGCGGACCUCUCAGGCUCAGGAAGUCCGAGCAAAGCGUCUCACAGCUCCAGUGAGAGUCUCAGCAUCUCCUCCAGGUUCCUCUCCCAGAACUCAACCGGAAGUCGGACUGUUGCUCCACUCCCCUCUCGGACCAACGGCGUAGGAGGGGAGGCGAAGGCCCCUCCUCUGGUCUCAGAAGUCCGACCUCUGAUGGAGGAGAACCAGAAUCGGACCCAGGACAGGAGGGUGUCAUGGAACCAGGACCAAACCCAGAAACAGAACCAGAACCAAACCUUGUCACUCCACAACCAGGCACAGUCCCAGAAUAGGACCAACCAGGACCAAACACACCCUCUGCAGAUCCAGAACCUGUUCCAGCAGGGUGCUGAUCAGUUCCAGGUCCAGAACCAGUUCCAAUACGGUGCUUAUCAGCUCCAAGUCCAGAACCAGUUCCAGCACGGUGCAGAAAAACUUGAGGUCCAGAACCCAUUCCAGCAGGGUGCAGAUCAGCUCCAGAGCCAGACAGGGGAGGAGCCCUCCUUGGCCCAGCAGCCUCCCCGGCCCUCCCCACUGAAGAAGAAGGUCCAAACCACCAUGGAGUCCAGGAGGAACCUAGGCCCGACAGCCCGAGCUGCCGCCUCUCACCUGAACUCCUCCUCCGGACUUCGGAAGGCUCAGUCAGUCCAGAACCUGCUGACCGACACAGGUGACUCCCCGCUCUCCCCCCUCCCCCCUCAGCAGCCCCUCGCCCUGCAGCGUCCCACCACUCUCCCCUCGUCCCCGAGACGCCCCCCCUCCACGGCUCCUCCCCCCCAGAGACCGAGCCCCGCCUCCCCCCAUCAUGAGAUGACUCCGUCUGCCGUCUCCACCACAAGGAAGUCCGCCACCUUCACGGCGGCAGCAGCGGCGUCCCGCUCCUACAUGAGCCCGACCGCCAGCUCCAUGGCUAAGAUGUCCCGCUCCAUCUCCGUGGGCGACGGCCUCAACAUCCCAGAGUCCAGCGAGGACCCUGCGGCGGCGGCACCGGUUGCCUCCCCCUCUCAGGUCAAAGAAGCUCCGCCUCCUCUUGUCGCUGUGAUGCCCUCCGUCGCAGCUGUAGCCACGCCCCCUCAUCCCACCGUUGCCCCUGUUGUCGUCAGCUCCUCCUCGUCUCUGGGCAACCAUGGUAACCAGGCGCCACCACCCCCCCGUGGGCUGCAGGCCCGGGUCCCCGGCAGCAGCAGACCUCUCCCGGACAAGCCCUCCCUCGCCUCCCUCGCCUCCUCCUCAAGGCCUCUUCCUGUCUCUGUCUCCCCCCUGAUGCUCCCCCGGCAGGAGGAGGGGCCUCAGACUGCUGCAGGUGGCAGCGGUGGCAGCAUGGAGCAAAGUGACAACGCAGGUUUGGACUCUCAUCCACCUCCUCAUCCCCUCAUCCUUUCAUCUCUACGUCAAGGCGUGUCGCUCUGGCUCCGCCCCUCUCCUCUCUCCUCCUUUUGCUCCGUGCCGAUGGAUCAGCCAAUCAGUGUGGAGAGCUGCAGAGCUCUGACCAGUGAGCUGCAGAGCUGCUUCAAGAGAGCGACACACCUGUACAGGAAGGUGAGUGGCUCCUCUCACGAUGACUCGGCCCCCGACCAGCGUCAGAUGGUGGCCGUCCUAUCAGAGGCGUUCCUGGCCAUGAGGGCGGAGCUGGACAGUCUGCCACUUGCAGGGGAGGGGGGGCUGGGCGGCGUGGGGGAUGUGAAGACGGCGGCGCUCCUGGAGGAGUACUCCCUGCUCCUGCUGCAGGCUGUUCAACGCCGCGCCAACAGCGCAGCAGACUGACCUGCUCCUCCUCUCUUCUCCUCCCUUUCCACUCUCUCCUCCUCUCUCCCUCCUCUCCUCCUCUCUCUCCUCCUCUCUCCUUCCUGCUCCUCCUCCUCUCUUAGUCUUCCUCCUCCUUCAUCUUCUUUCCUACUUUACUUUCUUGUCUACCUCCUCCUGUUUUUCCUAAUUUUACUGUUUUCUAUCUUCUCUCGCUCAUGCUGCUCCUCCUCCUGUUCCUCCUCCUCACAGAUGAAGGAUCUGAAGCCAUCUUGAUUUCUUCUGGACUUUAAUCAUUUUUAUUGUUAUGUUUGAAUCUCUCUGGUCUUAAACAAACUACGUUAUUUUGUAGAAACUGAAGUUUUUAUCGAGUUGUUUUUUAAAGAUGUUUUCUUCCUUCAUUCCGGUCGUUUGGAUUCUUGAUUCUUGAUGUUAGACUGUAGAGAUUUUUUAAAGGAGCAAACAGCAAUACAAGUCACUGUUUGAACAAACUUUAUUGUUCUUUAAUUUGAUGUAAAUGUUUUAUUUUCCUGAGUUCACUUGAAACUGAAACAAGUGAAAGAUUUGAGUUUGUAUUUAUUGUCUUGAACUGUCCAACGACUGAGCAGCGAGUCACUCCAGCAGACGGACGCCGCAGCGCUCUGACAUCAUCACUGUGUCAGAGGAAGUACUUUUUUUAUAAUAAGAAACACUUUGGGCUCAACAGUUUGUUGUUACACUGACUUUCUCACUAACACUUCUGUUGGAAAUGUUUUAAUGUUUUUUGUCAAAAUUGAAUAAAACUUUGAGACUUA